AUGGCGUCUGCUGAUCUGAGACAGGAGCUGGUCUGUUCCAUCUGCCUGAGCAUUUAUACAGAUCCUGUAACCCUGAGAUGUGGCCACAACUUCUGCCGGGGCUGUAUUGAUUGUGUGCUGGAUAUACAGGAGGGGUAUGGAGUUUAUACCUGUCCUGAAUGCAGAGCAGAGUGUGCAGAGCGUCCCGCACUGCAGAGGAACAUAACGCUGUGUAACAUAGUGGAGAGAUUCCUGUCUACUCGGCCAGAUCAGGAGGAGACUGGGAUCUUCUGCACUUACUGUGUGGACUCUCCUGUACCUGCCGCUAAAUCCUGUCUGCAUUGUGAGGCUCAUCUGUGUGAUAAACACCUGAGAGUACACAGCAAGUCAGCAGAGCACGUCUUAUGUGAUCCCACCACUGCCCUGGGGGACAGGAAAUGCUCCAUCCAUAAGGAGAUCUACAAGUAUUACUGCCCAGAGGACGCUGCCUGUAUCUGUAUGUCCUGCUGUCUGAUCGGGGAACACAGAGGACAUAAGAUGGAGUCACUGGAAGAGGCCUCUGAGAAGAAGAAGGAGACACUGGGAGAUGUUCUGCAGGAACUGACCACAAAUAGAGCGGAGACUGAAAUAAGAGUCCAGAGUCUGCAGGAGCGCAGGAGAGAAUGUCUGGGAAAAGCAGCGGGUGCAACAGAGAGAGUCACUGCCCUGUUUAGAGACAUCAGGAGACAGCUGGAUGACCUGGAGAAUAAAGCUCUGAGUAAGAUCUCCAGGUAUGAACAGCGCAUUUCACUCUCAGUCUCUGAGCAGAUCCAGCAGCUGGAAAUAGAGAAGGACGAGCUGUCCAGGAAGGUGCGUCACAUUGAGGAGCUGUGUAACAUGUCUGAUCCAGUGACUGUCUUACAGGAUCCAGACACAGGAGACUUGUGUGAUUAUGAGGACACAGAGAGCCAUUAUACACAUGAUGGAAGAGAUCUGGAUGUUGGUUUCAUUUCACGGAAAUUACAGAAAGAAUUAUCUGAUAUAAUAACAGGUAUAAAUACUGGAGCCUAUGUGCUUGAAGCUACAGACAUAUUACUGGAUGUAACCACAGCUGGUAAUAAACUAGAUAUAUUAGGGGAUAUGAAAACUGCAUUCUGGUCACCAGACCAAGUAUGGCCAGAAACACCAGAGAGAUUUCAGGGUCAUCAAGUAAUAAGCACCAGGAGAUUCUACUCAGGGCAACAUUAAUGGGAGGUGGAUGUCAGGGAAUCAGAUUGGUGGAUGGUGGGGAUGUGUUACCCCAGUAUAGACAGGAGAGGAGAUCAGUCAGAGAUUGGAUUGAAUGACAAGUCCUGGUGUUUAUAUAAGGGGUUUAAUAAUGAUUACUUAGUGAUACAUGACAGUAUAGCGAUCCAGUUACCUCGCAAUUUCCCCUGUGACAGAGUGAGGGUAUAUCUGGAUUAUGAGGCCGGACGGCUGUCUUUUUACUCUCUGUGUGACCCAAUCAGACACUUACACACCUACACCUCCACCUUCACUGAGCCCCUCCAUGCUGCAUUACGUGUAUCCACAGGUGGUAUAACUAUAUCCCCCUGAUGACAUCACAGGGAGGGGAUCUCAUUGGUGGAACUUUUAGAUAGUAAAAUAAAGCCACUGGGGGAUCUCAGUGUAUGUACAAUAGGUGCAGGGUGUGCAGUGCCCAUGGGCAAAUGAGUGAAGGGGCACUUACACCCUGCACCCACUAACUGUACUUACCUAGCGGCCGGCACCAUAUUAUCUAUGUACAAUACUAGGAGUUUCAGCCCUUAAGCCGGUGUGAGGAUGGGGCUGAACAUAAAGUGCACAGGGGCUUCUCCUCUGACAAGUAAUGGGUAGCGCUCCCGCUACCAACGUUUAUUACCCUGUGAUGGCUCCCUUUGUGCGCAGGCAGCGACAUGCUACGGCUAUACAAAUACUCCUGCAACAGAAUGCUAUGCCGCGUCUUACUGCCCGAGAUGUGAACGCAUCACUGGGAUCAAUGUAAUAGGACACAUGUCUAUAUACAGGCUAUGGAAGUCCGGCACUCCAACCAUCCAAAUAUAGUGCGUUCAGGGGCCUUUCCAAUGAGGAUGUGUAACUGCAAAGAGCCAGUCGGCAGACGAUUGUUAACAGUUAAUAGUAAAUAAAUAAAUAAAUAAAUGUGUGUGUGUGUGUGUGUGUGUGUGUGUGUGUGUGUGUGUGUGUGUGUGUGUGUGUGAAAGCCCACUCAGUCAUCACUCAGUCACUCACUCACUCAUUACUAAUUCUCUCACUUCCCGAUGUUAGGAAGAUGAAAUGUAACAUAGGUAUUCUGCAGGUGGGAAGUAGGAAAACUACAUAAUCAGAAUUUUAAUAAACCUCCACUAAGGGGAUGAACAGGGCGGUGACAUAAUGACAUCAUUACCGAUGCGUGGCUUGCGUUGCAUGAACGAUAACGCCCAAAUGGGCAAUCGGAUCAAAAUUUGGAUUGCACCUCCAGUGUGUAGAAUUUAUGCUACGGGCGCUCCUCUGGGUAACGCCCAGGACCAGGGAUUAUUAUUUACUUAUAUUAAGACGUCUCAAAUUUACAUCUCUACAGAUUUACCAAAGGUAUUUACACUGUUAUAUUUACAACCGUGAAAAUCAGAAACUUUCUGGUUGAAUGACUCUGAGUGCCGCCUCAUCUGUCCUGUGUGUGUGUGUGUGUGUGUGUGUGUGUGUGUGUGUGUGUGUAUAUAUAUAUAUAUAUAUAUAUAUAAAAAGAAACAUUAAUAUGUAUUGUUAACUAAU